AUCCCACCCCGAACCCGUCACGAAACCCAAUAGAAGAAGGUCUUCUGCUGCCAAGACCGUAAAAGCAGAUUCAAGCAGCAAAGCAAGUUCGAACAAGAGCCCCAACGAAGAGAAACACGCGGCAUCUAUCGCCAAUGCUCAAUUCCAGCGAGGCUUGGACUGGGAAUCCAGGUUAUUCAGGAACCUGGAGGACUCGGAGCAGCUGAUACGCCUCGAUACAUCUAAACUCAAAUCGGCUCAAGAAAUUCGGGACAUCAUCCUCCAGACAGCUGCUUCCCUCGAGAGCAAAAUUGUGUCCAUCAAGAAAAGGGGUAAGCGUAAAAGUAAACAACCCCGAGAGAAGAGGACGGUAUGGAAACCAAAGUAUAUCGCCAACCUCGAGUUUCGGUCCCCUUCGUUCGAUAUCGAGCUCUCAAAGCACGGUUCCGGAAAGGGCAGCGUCGUGUUUGGCGUCGCAAAACCCGACCUUCUCAAAAUAACCAAAGUACAAGAAACAAAACCUGACGGAUCUUCCGAGGAGAAAAUUGUCUGGGAGAUUAUCGACGCCAAGGUAUCCAGCGAACUCAAGUCCAGCCACAAUGCACAGAUUGGAUUCUACCACCUCUGUGUUGACGCGCUUCUCUCGUCCGUCAAGCCCGAUGCGGCGUCGAGAAAUAACGCGCCCAAGAUCGUCCCUUCUGAACGGGUUUCUGUUUGGAUACCGAAUGGGUUUGGCCAAGAUGCCGUUUCGCAGGGUUGCGAGUUUCUCGACAACUGCAAAGCCAGUACGAUUGCGGAUAAACGGCUGGGGAUGAUCCCAGAUUUAUCCAUCUCGGACGCAAGAUUUAUCAGAGAAGUUUUGGAAAUAGCCGACAACCUGGGAUUUCAGUCGGCUGGCAAAGAAACACCCAUCGGGGAUAUCGAGGAGUUGGAUCAAUUGGUCAAAGGACCAGGGAUGAAAAAACUCGAGUCCACAUAUCCUCCCACUUCGAAGAAAUUUCAAAGGCUUUUGGGCAUUCAGAAAAAAGAGGAAGGUAGAUGGAGCCCUAAAUUGGACGCGGCCAUCUUAAAUCGACCACAGCGGGUAUUCACCUUUCCUAGGGCUGAAGACGUGGGUAUCUAUAUAUCUCUGAUCAUCGACAUUGCGUCCUCGUCGAUUGGCAGUUUCUGCAUAUCUGUACACGAAGCACAAGAUGGCUGCGUCCUCAUGUCCCACAUAAUGGGAAAUAAAACCAACUUCGUGUCAAAAAUGGCAAGAGUACUAAAGGAGAUAAAAGAACACAAUCCACGAUCCAGAGUACAAGUGUACACCUAUUCACACGCGGAGAGAUCCAUUAUCAUGUCGCACCUCGUACAAGUCACACUCACGACGGAGCAGACCCAAGAAGAGUUUGAACGUGGUGAAGACAUGAAGCAAAAACGUGAGGAUGUCAGAAUGUGUUUAGGCGCCCUUUGGGAAGGCACGUCGCUCCUUGUCACCACGUUCCAACCCUCCAUCCUCUCUGGUGUCCUACUCUAUGUCCUAUCGAAGAAGAACACGUUAUCAAAGUCCUCACUCGAAACAUGUUGUGAGCGAUUUGGGCUGAGCAUAGAGGGUAGCAUGGAAGAUAUGAGAAAGAGGAUCGAGAACGAGCAGCGCCGAUUGGCAGAGAUAGGAGGGCGCGCUGGAAGUUCUGCGGAUGCACUCAACCGAAGAGAAGUAGGUCAGUUGCCCAAGAUCGUGGUGCUAAAGCGCGAACUGGAGAGGUUGUUUGCCCUCCCUAUUCCUGGAUUCAUCGACUUGCCAUCGACGGGAAAG